AUGGUGCCCAAGGCAACAUCGGGCGACUGGAGACUCUGCGACGAUUAUCGUGCCCUCAAUAAUACCACCAUUCCUAAUUUUUACCCUGUGCCACAUCUUCAGGAUUUCGUCGGAGCCCUUUUUGGCAAAACUGUAUUCUCGAAGAUUGAUCUGGUGCAUGCCUUUCAUCAGGUUCCUGUGGCUCCUAGGGAUAUCCCCCAAACCGCCGUUGCUACAACUUUCGGCCUCUCCAGAUUCAUUCGCAUGUCCUUCGGUUUUCGUAAUGUCACCCCAACGUUCCAGAGGUUAAUUGGCCAUGUCUUACGUAGCCUGCCGUUUGUGUACGCCUACAUCGAUAACCUCUUAGUGGCCAGCCGGAAUGCGGAAGAACACAAAGCGCACCUUGCUCUCGUGUUCGACCGCCUUGACAAGUUUGGCGUUGUCGUCAACCCCUCCAAGUGCGUGUUGGGUAUGCCUUCGCUCAAGUUCCUCGGCCAUCAUGUCGACUCUGAAGGCUUGUGUCCCCUGUCCUCCAAGGUUGAAGCAAUUCGUGAUUUUCCUCCACCAACCUCCAAGCGCCAGUUGCAGCGAUUCCUCGGCAUAGUCAACUUUUGUCACGGGUUCCUGCUGAACUGGGACGACCUUAUGCUGCCGCUCACCAGCAUGCUUUCUGGUCCUAAAGGCCCUCUCGAGCUUACUGGUGAAGGACUGACUGCUUUUGAGAGAAUCGAGAAUUCUCUUGCCGACGUCACCUUGCUCACGCAUCCCGCACCCGAAGCUCAGCUGUCCCUGAUGGUAGAUGCUUCGAGCGUAGCCGUAGGUGCAGUCCUCAACAAUACCUUGCUGGUUCGACUCGACCAGCGGUCUUUUUUUCCAAAAAUCUUUCGUCGGCUGAGACCCGCUGCAGUACGUUUGGCCGUGGACGACUUGCAAUUUGCAUUUUCGGCACUUUCUUGAAGGUCUGGACAUAAUCGUUUUCACGCACCCCAAGCCGCUGACUUUUGCUUCUCGUUUUCGCUCCGACAAGUACAAUCCGAAAGAGGUCGCCCAUCUGGACUACAUCUUCCAGUUCAUCAUCGGCAGCCGCCACAAUGAUGGCACAAAGAAUGAGGUAGCUGAUAAGCCGUCCAGACUCACUAUCUUCCCUCAAAUUCUCACAUGGUUUCGACCUUGGCGCCAUGGCGGCUGAGCAACAACGUGUCGGUUGUCCUGGCGAUGAGUCCUUUAGUGGUUUCCAGCUCAAAGACAUUCCCCUGACCAUCGGCUCUGGUACCAUAUUUAGUGACGUCUCGACUCCUUUUUAUCGCCCUUUUUUGUCCACCUCAAUCUAUCGAGCUGUGUUUCAAACUUUGCACGGCCUUCCCCCACGGACAAUUUCCUCAGUUGCCAGCGAACAACGGUUUUCUAGUGCCUCCGUUUGGUCCAGUACCAAUUUCACGUGAAAGAAUUGAGACUGAAAAUACCCGAUGCAGCGUUAUCCAUCCCUUUCUGGACUGACGUCAUGUCACUGGCAGCGGGUGUUUUCUCCUGAACCAUCCAAACUACAAAAGCACCAUUCUCCGUAUUUAAUAAUACGCAGUUUUUUUAUCGUUAGCCUGACCCGUGCUUUAUUUUUCUUUGACAGUGCCUGCAAACUGGCAUAACAUAUUAUUAUUAUUACUAUUAUUAUUAUUAUUAGACUACCGGAUUGUGAGAAACCGGACUGUGCCCUGCAACUCGAUGCUUUCUUCGCCUUGGCCACAAUGACAAUUCUGCGUGGGAACUCUCCUAAACUUCGAGGAUCCCGAUGCCACGUGGACGUUCGCAGAUACUACUUUUCGCAGCGGGUCGUCGGUGCUUGGGAUGGGUUUCCCAACGGUGUGAUAUUGGCGGAUUCCACGGAGACGUUUAAACAAAGAUUAGAUGUAUGUUGGCUUAAAAACAUCGUUUAAAUGGACAGAACAGCACUGUUAUACAAAAUCAACGCUUUGCACAACCUGACAGUUCGACCAUCGAUUUCGAUGAUGUCCACCGUGUGCCCCACAGCAGGUUGGAGCAGGGACGGUGACUUGCGCAGGGGUUUAUAGUGCCAGUAGACUUGCGCUGCAUCUACCUACACUCUCUCCACCUCCCUCGCCCGAGCCCGGUGUCAAGACAGAGUCAAGAAGACCGGAGACGAGGGAGGCCGCAGGUGGAUGGCUCGGACGGAUCCUCACCUUAGCGUUCCACCACACCCCCUGGUCCACACAACAAUAACCAGGAUUUCAACCAACACAACAGAGAUUUGGAGGCUGGCACGGCCGAAGCCGCACCUAGGCGUGCCGCCAACGCCUGGCUCGUGCACAACCUAACAUUAAUCAGAAUGACUGUUAUCUCAUUUUACUAUUACUAACUACAACUGAGCGUUCGUUAGUUUCAGUUCCGCAUUCUUAGGGACAAUAUUCUGCAAAAUAUAUAUGUUAUUGACAAAAUUUUAGCAGCAUGUUCAUUUGGUCUUAGCUCAGACAGUCAGUCAGUCAGUGUAUUUGAGGGAAAUAGGCUUACGCCUUUGAACUCCCUAUUUGUACAUAAAAAAUCGAUAAACAAGCAAAAAUGUGAAGAAAUUACAGCAUUAAGUGAAUGCAUACAUUGAUUCACAUAUGUCACUAGUCACAUGGUUAAAAGGUCGCAUAGUCCGCUUGUUGCUGCAGCAUAUAUCUGUCAAGGCGACAUUUAAAUGUCUCCACAGAUUGAGACAUAACAACCGUCUCGGGCAGGUUAUUCCACGGUUCCACGACACGGUUGGAGAAGAAAUAUUUUCUCACAUUCAGUCUACCCUGUGGCACACGUAGCUUGAAGGGAUGUCCCCGGAGGUGAGUUGUGGUGGCGAGUUGGAAAAAGUCAUCGCGCCGAAGGGCACAAUCCAAGCCGCGCACGAUACGGAAAGUUUGUAUCAUGUCUCCGCGCAACUGCCUAUAACUCAGAGGAUAGAGAUUAAGGUUAGUUAGGCGGAUCUCGUAUGGCAGUGCACUUUGACCUCUUACUAAUUUUGUGGCUCGCCUCUGCACCCUUUCGAGCAGAUUGUAAUCCUGGUGCGUCCACGGUCUCCAGGCCUGAAUUGCAUAUUCGAGAUGGGGCCUUAUAAACGUGCCGAAGACUUUGGUGAAGCAGUCUUCAUCGAAAACUACGAAUGACCGCUUGAUGGCAUAUAGCAUUGACGUUGCGGCCUUGGCCGCCUUACAGCAUUGUGUAGAAGGCUUUAGGCUGUCUGCAACCCAAACUCCGAGAUCUUUCUGAGUUUCUGCUUCUCGGAGUGGCAUUCCGUUCAGAUGGUAUUGCCGCGUACUAGGGCUCUGAUUUCCGAGGCGCAUAAUGGUGCAUUUGUUCAAAUUGAAGGACAACAGCCAUCUGCGGGACCGCUCGUCCAACCGACAAAGGUUUUCUUGGAAUUUGGUCUCAUCGGCAGCAUUCUGGAUGACUUUCCAGAUUUUUAUGUCAUCCGCAAACAUGGCACAAUCACAGUCCAACCCAUCUACGCAAUCAUUGAUGAACAAGAGAAAGAGAGUUGGUCCGAGCACCGAGCCUUGUGGGACCCCACUCUCUAUGAAUGUGCACCUUGAUUGCUGUUGUUCUACGCAGACAAUUUGGGAGCGGCCGACAAGGAAAUUUUCGAUCCAUUUGAGAAGUUUGCCACCGAUGCCCAUAAUUCUCAACUUGUGUAGGAGACGCUAUUGCAUGUACCAAUUUUAAUAGGGUUUUCAAAAGCACUAUCUUUCACCCUUGAGAUAUACCAAUCUAUGUGGUCCUCAUACACGUGGGAAGCGUGGAAACGGUACAUGAUAUGGCACACAUAUUCUGAGUGGCAUACUACGGGAAAUUAAAAAUUAACAGUUACUGCAUCCAACCGCAUAACCAACCGGCUGGUGCACGGAGGGGGGAAUGGAAGUUGAGACCUGCGCUCGGGAAUCGGCUCCAUGACACAGCAGCAUCCUCCUCAGCAUAAAAAAAUUGGCCGCACUUGAAUCUUUCAUGAGGCACUGUGUCGUGGCUUCAAAGGUUGCCAACUGACGAGAUAACUCGUUUUUUCUCAGGACUAAAUGUUUGGCUCCAAAGGUUCAUUCGUAAUGCCGUCUGCAUGUGUGAUCUGAGCAGUCCCACCAUUGUGACUUACGUCGUCUGCAGUCGAACCAAGUCGUGUGUGACACCCGUAGACGAAACGCCAGUCAUCUCGCUGACGCCCAGAUCUGACGGUCUGGCUAAGACCCUACAAGAUGGGUGUGGUGGUAGAGAUGCAGUUCGAUGCGGCAGAAGUGUAGUUCGCUAUAAACUAAUUCACCCACAAAUCACCGCUGUUGUGUUUUCUCCGUGAAACACGCAAUGGUCAUCAUCACUAACGACCUUCGAGAUUUCAUGGGACGCGGUUAUGUGCUGGUUGAGCUUUAUCUUACUGCUGUCCACAGAUAUCGACACACCGAAUUUCGCAGUCGUAGCGUCCUAAUCUGUCGGUGAAAUAAGAAUUCCUUAUAUCCAACUUAGCCUCAUUCCCGAAUAUUUUGAAUGAAUGCCUCCGCAGCUUUUUUAUAGUUGUCAUUUGGAAAGAGUCACUGAGCACAAGUGUCAGUCCUGGCCGUGAAGAACGCGGAAUGUCUGUCAGCUCGCCACAAAGUCGUCUAUAACUGCGGUCUUUAGCACUUCAGGAUUCGCAAGCUUGGAUAUCGAACUCCAGUUUCAGUCGCGCAGACGUUCCGGGGAAUUUAACAAAGAAGUCCUCAUCAGCUGUAACGAAGGUUCGCUUUGGAAAUGGCAAGACUGGCACUGUGAACUUGAUUACUUCUAAGCAGACGAACGCUGGGGUAAAGUAUUGAUGUAAACGCCUAAGUCCUUCUGAUCGUCCACUUCGUGUAAUGGUGCUCACAGUUGCUCCUUUGUCAAAUCAUAUUGGGUUAUUUGACACAGUGCCGUAUUUGAACUCUCAAAUACAAUAUUUCGAAAAAAGCUAACCAUGCGAGAUACUCUGCCUAACAAAGCUUGUUGCAUCAACAGUGUCAAUGAAUGCUAUCCUUCUACUUACAUAAAAUGAAACAGAUGUAAGAGGUCAACUCAUAUGAUGCAAGGAUACUGAACCGAAUUCUAAAUAGGCAAGUCUACAGAAGCCCAGAGAAAAAUUCUUAAUUUUGCGGAAUGUUUGCCUGUUUUCAAUAGGCUGAAAUCCGAGCGGAAAAUACAAAGUUAGAACGAUUGGGCCAUCGCAGUUGCGGUCGUUGCGGACUUUUGAGGUAAGCAGUUGGUGCUGCCAUCUUUAAUCCAAGGUUUUGCAUUUUCAUAUCAAAUCCUUUUGGUGUACCAGCCAACCGUGACGUAAUCCAUGCCAUUCCUGUAGAUUUUGGUUAAAAUCUGAUAAUUUUAGUUGAAAAUUGGGCAUUUACGUUUUUUCAUCGUUAAAUGUGCGUUUCGUCUGGAUACUUUUAGGAAAAAAGAAGCCGAAUCUAUUACCGAUAUGCAUAUCCGCCAAACGCCCUUUUCGGAGGUGCCGCGGGAGCUAAUUAACUUUAGUUAACUGUGCUAGUGCGUCCGACCGCUUUCUUCCAAAAAUGUCCGAAAGAAACGGCUGAUGAGCAUUCUGUCCAUCUACCUUGUUCUUGUAUUCCAAACCAAUAAUUCUACGUAAUGUGUGCAUUCCUCUCAUCUAGUUUCGGCGUCCUACUAUCACGCGGAUUUGCGCUCGUGGUAUUCACACUACUUGCCCUUUUCAGGGAGCCAUUGUAAGCCCCUGCCCUUUAGCCAAACUAUUCCAGGGAUUUUUCUUAAAUGUCAACUAUGUACAUGACGUUUUAACUCUCACAUUUAAGACAAGUUUGAGAAAAAUUGUGGGACUCCGAUUUUAUUGAGUUAUUCACUUUCAUGAGCUUCCGCUCGUUCGCUAAGAGCUUUUAUUCGCUUGUAAAAGGAUGCGCGUUUUAUGCGAGUUCCAUAUAGAGCAUCCAGGCUGUUCAAAAUUUAUCACUUGAUGAUACUGUCGGCAUACUCCUAGUGCUCUCUUCAUUGUCACGGUCUCUGAGUAGCUUUGGAGACGGGCCGUCAUAAUAUAAAAGGAAAUCCUAAAAGAUUGCCCCGGAUUUAAGGUGCAUUCUGUGUUCCACUUAGACUUUAUGACGAAACUUAUGUGGACCCCAUUUUCUGUCCCUCUCAGCCCUAUUCCUUGCACGACCAACCCAACUGUCAAUUAUCUUCGCAUGCUCCCAAAUUUUAUGUAUUCAUAUGUAUUCUCCAAGUCAUGAACAGUGAAAGUUGGCGUGUUCAUUCUCCAGUCUAUUUUGAACCCCAUAACCUGCAGCUGUGAACAUGGGUGAAGGUAGUGCACGAUUAGUCUCGCGUUAUUUCCGCCGCUUGUUGGUGUAAUGCCACCGAAAUUCUCAGUGGCCUACCUUAUAGUUUUGUUUGCUUCUCCAAGUCAUUCUCGGAUUCCGUUCACCUAUUUCAUUAUACUCUGUCCUGAUGUUCGUCUGUCUAGAAAGUCCUAUUCAAUAAUCCUGUAGACACAAUGUCAGGCUUCACUUUUGGUACAGCAACCUCCAAACCAGCGUUCUCCUUCGGUAAUCUGGGUGCAGCGCAGAAUGCCUCGACUGCUGCUACCACGACCACAACAAACACCAAGCCCGGCUUCUCCUUCGGCCUGCCGACAGCGUCACCCGCCGCUACCGCGGCUGCACCCGCUGUUGGCACCUCACCAGCAACAACCGGCUUCCAACUGGGCGGUUUCGGCACUAUCGCGGCCACAAGUGCAACCACUUCCCAACCAUCCUUCGGCUUCUCGCUGUCUAAGCCACUGUCAUCGUCGGCCACCACAACAGCCUCCACUACGUCAGCCCAUAGUGGUUUUUCUUUCAACCUAGGAACAAGUGCUGCGUCGGCGCCUUCAGUUACAGCAGGAAUAACAACUCCGGCUUCAACAGGCAUUGCGUUUGGAGCUCCCAGUGGUCUGACCUUUGGAACGCCCUCAACUGCUGCUGUGACUGCAGUUGGCACGGCUGCCAUGACUACUGUUGCUCCGACAGUGCAGACUUCGCUGCCGAUGGGCGGAGCCCAGGGGUCACCAUUCACUCUCGGAACCGCAAGUACUACGACUGCCGCUGCAAGUCCUUUCUCUCUUUCCCUUUCAAAGCCGGCUACGACACCUUCAACUUCCACAACCACUACAGCGGCGACGUCAGUCACACCUUUUGCCUCCGUCGCCACCAGCAGUACAGCAGGCAAGUCGACGUCAGGUUUCAGUUUUGGUGGAUUGACUAGUGUGUCUUCUACCACUGGAAGCACCUCUUCUGCAACGACAACAACCACGGCAACGUCCACCACCACGGCAGCGACAACCGCCCAACCCACCUUGACUUAUCGUCAAUUAGAGGAUAUGGUAAACAAGUGGACCUACGAGUUGGAUGAACAAGAGCGGGACUUUGCGACAGAAUUAAACCGUCUUAAUAAAGCCGACAGAAUCCUAGUGGAGAAUGCGGAGAAAAUAUCGAGCCUUCAGUCUACGGUUGAAGCCUGUAAGAACGGCCAGAGCAGGAUUGAACAGGUGCGCCACUUUCUAAUUUGUCCACUCUGUUCCAGUCAGAUCUUUUUUUAACACCUGAACAAUUCGAACUAACUUAUCUUGCAUCCAGAAAUCUCAUCAACUGAUAGAUUUUAACCCUGGACCGUCAUUAUUUUCGGCCAUCAUACUACAGUCGUCCUACAGUAAGCAUGCUUAUUUGGCAUAAUUGUUUAUUUUGAGUCGCCAUGGAACAGCUCUGACUCUUCCAUAGGUUAUGGGAUUUUCCAUUAGAAACAACAACAUUUGGGCAGUCAAGCGGUCGAGGUAAUAAUAUCCAGAUAUGCUGGGCCAUUGGAAAAGGCGAUUGGAGCCGGAGAGCAAGGAGACACAUUCCGGCAUUCAGUGCUCUCUGUGCUGCUUCUUUUCUUUGGAGAUUUAACUCCAUUGUUGUGUAACCAUUUCAUUAUCAGAGGCGCGCGCCACUUUUAAUACAACCAAAGCAGACAUCUUCUGGCGGAAGUGCACCAACAAAAACAGGUCCAACUUUGGCUUUUGCCUUAGGCAGUCAGUCAUAAAUUAGGGCAGACAAAACUCGAAAGUAAUCCCCUAGCUUGUUUCUCUCAGACCGACCGAAGUCCGGCCCCCUACCAAUGGAGUAUGGGCCCACGUUGCAUCAAUCUGUCAUUGGAAAGAUCUAGGCUGCGUAAAGCGGCAUGAAUUAAGAGAUGCCACUCACCUCUUAAUCUUACUGCCGACUACCUGGCGCGUCUAAAGGCGUCGAGUAAUGAAACGACCUUCAAUGAAGACUGCGCUUCGUACGCAGGCUGUUAAGCAUUUGCAGACCAGCAGCGAUGUUAAGGGCUGAAAUUAACCAGGCUUAACAUCUUAAAGUUUUGCGAAAUCCAAUGAGGGCCCUGUGAUGCUGCAACCUUAGAAGGCUACUAACUGCAUCUUUUCGAAAGUACUAACAAAGCAAUCUUGGUACGAGCAAGCCAACUGGUUAUCGAGAAUCCGCCUGUCCGAAAAUUUACUUAAGUCUGGAACAAGCCGUUGAUGUAGGUUGGCUGAGUGCACAAAUGUCUCUGAAAUGUAGUGAGCUGCAAUUAUCUUUACAAUUCAGACCGUAGGAAAUAUGAAAACUCACGUGGCCAAAAGACUUGUUCUCGAGCGUUGUUGAAUUACCGACCUCCCAAGUUUGUGUCGGAUGCUCCAUCCAUGGGCCACGGUCGACGCGUCUUCGAACGGUGCGAAUUGCCCAUUUGUCCAUGUUUCGGAUUCUCAUGGCGAACCCGUUGGGAUUUGCUAUAACUUGGUUUUGUCUGCAUUGAGAAACUGAUUGUGUGCUGACCUUCUGAAUGUCAGUCUGCGCUACGCAGAACAAUGCUCGGAGUCCCUCAGGGACUCCCCAAUGGCUGGACCAACUCAAAACCUUACAGUUGUUUGCCCGGGCAGUCUGGACCAAUCCGUUCUAAAAACUCCGUAGAGUGGUGAUGAAGUCAGCUAGAGCAGACGGCAGGAACUAUUAGGGCGACGCAGUGGCCCCGAAAGACAGAUAUCAAAUGCGAAAACUAGCAGUUUAUUUGCCAUGUUAGUGGUAGUUGUCCUCACUGUUAAGGAUAUGAAUGAGGCUCUUAUUGCUGAUAGCCCAUUGGCAGUCGAGCACUAGCACGAGCGCAGCCAUUAUUUCGCGUCUGUCAGAAAAAGGUAUUCGACUCCCCUACAACCUUCAUUUCCCUAAGGAGAAUCACCAACGCAGUGCGUAGUUGAGCAAGGCGAUGACAUCUCUACAGAAGUCAGUAAGCCUUAUGUGAACACUAGAAGGCGCUAGCUUCAUAAAUAGUUGCGAAUACAUUAAACGAUUAGGUCAUACACGUUGACUGAGACUUAAUCAUCCCCCUGAGUGUCCUAAAAUAUUACUGAAGGUAUUGUAGAUUCCAUGUUUAUCUGUUGGGUUAAAUAGUAAAUUCGAAUUUGAAAAGCGAGUCUGGAUUUUAGUUUAGUUGCAUUAAUAGUCCCACGUGAAACGUCAACCUAAUCGAUAUCGGAUCAGCAUAUCUGAUUUCAAAUCCAUCUCUCCUUUAUUUUCUCGCAGCUCUUUCCGGAAAGCAACAUACGCAAACCGCGACUUUCUGGCGCUAUGCAAGAAAUCUUAUAUAUUACCCCUUUUCCUUUCCUUAAUCUUUUUCUGUUCCAUGUUUAAAAUGAAUGCACGGCUAGCUGAACCGCAUGCCGGUUUGACUGUUUAUAUGGUUCUUAUCACCCCCGCGACCCAUUCUUCGAUCCUGAUAGGAACUGGAAUUUGUGGAAUCACAGCAGCGUGAGCUGGAGGGUCUUUUGGAGCCAUUGGAGCAGGCGGCCACUGAUCUACCGCCCAGUCAACAGCACGCUGAUGCGGAGCGCGAAGCCAUCUUCCAGAUGUGCGUCAACACUGACCUGGAGCUGGGUCAGUUGCUCACAGACCUGCGUGAGAUGGCCGACCGGGUGAAUUCCAUCACCAGUGAUAUCUCUGAACCCAAAAUAGCGCACGACGGAGCUGCUCCAGACUCAGCCUCUAAGUCGACCAACGUGAUUAGUCAGGUGACGCGGAUCCUCAAUUCGCACAUGCAUUCGCUAAGUUGGCUCAACCAGAACACCCGUAAGUCGCUCUGCCUUGUGCUAACCUUUAAGUUCUACUAGCAACUAAUAAGUACCGUCUCAGGGAAAAUAAAACAUUCCAGGCGGCGCACGUCUGUAAGACCACCUACCAUGGCAAUAACGCCAUAAUAAUUGCAACGGAAAUAUUUCGCAAUCGUCCACUCACCAGACCAUUUUCUCACAUUUUAGAGGAAUUGAUGGAAAAGUUGAAAUUCCUCACUGCCUCCUGA